AAAUACAGCACAGUAAAGUAACAAUUUCGAAAACCGUUGCUUUCGUGGAGCUACCGUACAAUUUGAUUGGAUACACGUGAUAUGACUUGUAGUCCAAUCAAACAUUUUCGUGCUGGCUUUGGAGGACAUGGGUGCACUGUAAACACUGUCAGUGAAAGGGCCAUCACUGUGCCUUGCAUCAGUAUAACAUAGUGGCCAUCGAGGUGUUGCAUCGGCAAUGACGUCAGAUAUCUGUAAGGUGAUUUCAGUGGCAAGAAUAAAAAAACACAAGAAUCUUUUUUUAAACUACAAGAACCUAAACCAGUUUCCUUUGGAAUUGCUGAAAGAUGAGGGAUUGCAGUAUUUGGAGAGACUCUUCAUGAAAAGAAAUUCAUUGACUACUUUGCCAGAAAAUCUCGCACAGAAGCUUCCAAAUCUUAUUGAACUGUACUUGCAUUCGAAUAACAUAGUAAUGGUACCAGGAACAAUUGGCGCUCUCAUUAAACUCCAGUAUCUAGAUUUAAGUGACAAUGCCUUAACAAUUGUCUGCCCCGAAAUUGGUCGGCUAAGAUCUUUGCGCCAUCUUCGAUUGGCUAGCAACCAGCUGCAGUUCCUUCCUCCUGAGCUUGGAAAUCUGAAGGAGCUACAAAUAUUGGAUAUUUCAGCCAAUCAUUUGACCAGUUUGCCAGAAACACUUCACUUGUGCCUUUCCUUGCAGAUCCUGACAGCAGAUCAAAACAGGCUGUGGUGUUUGCCUCGGCAGAUUUGUCAACUACCAAACCUUAAUGAGCUUUCUGUAGCUGGAAACUGUCUUUUAUUUUUACCACUUGAUCUCGGACGAUCCCGAGAGCUGCAGUACAUCUAUGUAGAUAACAACAUACACUUGAGUGGCCUACCAUCCUACCUGUAUAACAAAGUAGUUGGAUGCAAUGGUUGUGGAUCUUUGCUACAAAACUCUGAAGCAAAGCUGCUCUCCUUUACUUCAGGACAGCUCAGCAUUUCUCUUCCUGUUGAGGUGAACACAGCAGGUGUAGCUGCAGACUCAGUGUUGCCAUUACAGGAACUCACUAUGAGGGUUCUUCAUGAGCUUUACAGUAAAAAAGACCUGAACUUCCUGUCCCCAGUCUCACUGCCUAGAAGUCUCUUUGAGUUGCUGAAGUAUCCACUGGGACACUGCCAUCGCUGCAGUCAGCCUAUGUUUACUAUUGUCUAUCCAAAGCUGUUUCCCAUGAGAGAGACACCAAUGGCGGGCCUGCACCAUGGGAGAAUGGCCAUUGGCUACGUUGCUUACUGCUGCUCUGCACAGUGUUUGAAGUCAUUCCAAUUGCUAUGACGACAAGAACUUGUAUAAACAGAAAGUUGAAUGGGACUUAUUUCAGUAGAGACGUACCCCUACUACAGUAAAGCUCAAGCUGACCAGAAUUUUUUUGCAUUUCCAUACUCUGCUUCAGAUAUGUUUUUCUUCAUCAUGGACAUUGCAUUUCUUCUAAGAAUAUUUAAAAGGACUGUAGCAUUUGCAGGCCUUAAGGUUUUUAUAGUACAGGCAGCUGGUGAUUACAGUAGUUCUAGGGUAAUCCCAUGUGAUUUGGAACAGUUCUGUAGUUUUUACCAUGCUAGUCAACUCAUCAAGUAAGGAGUAAUAAUUAUCAAGUGUAUACAUGAGAGAAAAUUGGGUAUCUUCAGCAAAUGGGUGUGCGUACGUAUGUGUGUGUGUGUAUAUAUAUAUAUAUAUAUAUAUAUAUAUAUAUAUAUAUAUAUAUAUAUAUUUGUGUGUCUGUGUGUGUGUAUAUAUAUAUAUAUAUAUAUAUAUGUGUGUGUGUGUGUGUAUCAAUAAAAUGUUCAGGAAGCUGAAACAAUAAUUACAGAAGACUACAGAAAAAUGGAAAAUUUCAAUGUGAAAGGCAACUUUCUUCUUCCAGAAGAAUGUCUCUUCAUCACAGCCGCUUUUGUGAAAGUAUUUCGCUGUAUUGAAAGUGACUGAUUUUUUGAAAUUUUAUCCUUGCAGUAUUUUCUUUUCAUUAGAACACCAAAGCAAAAAUGUCCAGUAGAUAGUUAAAAAAAAUUGAUUUUACUCAAUUUAUAUGAAUUAGAAGCUACAGAUUUGGAAAGCUCUGGAGUGACUUCACAACCUUGCUGAUAGAGAAUUCAUAUAUUUCAAAAUUGUUUUGCUUCACUCUGAUUUUUUAAUUUUAACUGUUAUUUGUUGUCAUGGCCAUUGUGUAAUUUCUUCAUUUGACUCAUUGUUUUUGUUCAGCUUGCCUAACAAAAUUUGCUACUUAAGUGUCCUAUUUUCCAGGACUUAAAAAGAAUGUUGAAAAUAACCUUUUAAUUGUUCUUUCCUAACAGAAAAGGUGGAAACUUUUAAAGUGGAAAGCAUCACAAAGUACUGCAACUUGUUUGCUGGUUUCAUUUCCCAAGCUAUUCUAAGCUGCAGAGGCAGUGUCAUUUUCCAUUGCUCUAAUAAUAAAAUAUCUUUAUCAUCCAAA